AUGGGCCGUGAUGCCAAAGUGCCUUUUAUCAGGCACGAUUUUCAAAUUGAAGAAUGGAAGGCUGUUGCUAGAGUGCUUGUUUUGGUAUGGAAACGUGCUGGAUACUUCCCAGUGCAGCUAGCAGCCCCAUUCUUGGAGGAGGUGCUGUAUGGAUCAGCAGUUAGCAGCUGCAAGGAUGGAUUUCUACAGUAUGUGUCAGAUCAGGAGAGACAGAUUCUUCUCAGGGCCUUGGAUGACAUUGAUUCAGUCGAAAUGGAGACUCUGCUUGAUCUCCUUGAUGUCCAUGAGUGUCACCAGGGAUCUGUUUAUAAGCCUAUGUGCUUCUUGUUGGCAUUUGUCCUUUAUAUCCUAAUCAUUACAGUCAACUUAACUUUGAUCUUAACAGUGAUCAUGGAAAAAAGCCUCCAUGAGCCCAUGUAUAUUUUCCUCUCUAAUCUAUGUGUGAAUAGCCUUUACGGAACUAUUGGUUUUUACCCUAAAUUUUUGCUGGACUUGCAAGCUGAUACUCACACAAUAACAUACAGUUGGUGCAUAACACAAGCUUAUGUGAUUUAUACCUCAGUAAUGUGUGAAAUCACUCUUUUAACAGUGAUGUCUUAUGACCGCUACGUGGCAAUUUGCAGACCACUGCAAUACCACAGUAUUUUGACUCCACAUGCUGUGCUUAAACUGCUUGUAGUGGCCUGGGCUUAUCCACUUUUGACAUCAGUAGCAUCUGUUAUUCUUACUCUCAGAAUACCCAUUUGUGGAUCUCACAUUCGUAAACUAUUCUGUGAUAAUCCUUCAAUACUAAAGCUGGGUUGUUCUCUAGCCAUAGCCAACCAGGUUUGGAGCAUGUUACUUAUUACGGCUUACUGUAUACAGUUUGUUUUAAUUUUAAUUUCAUAUGCUCGUAUUGUACAGGUUUGCAUAUCAUCCAGUGAGGGCAGAACAAAGUUUGCCAAAACUUGUGUGCCCCAUAUUUUGGUUAUAGCCAUCUUCAUCAUGACAACACUGUUUGACGUAUCAUACAGUUGGGUUGGUUCAGAAAACCUGCCAAUUAGUGUACGCAAUGCAUUGGCUAUACAGUUUUUGAUUCUCCCUCCACUAUCAAAUCCAAUAACUUAUGGGCUUCAACUUCCACAGAUCCGGAAAGCAGUAUUCAGACAAGGUUGUAAACAUAAAAUGUGUCACCAGAGAUGA